GGCAGAUACGGUAAGUUCGUGUCGAGCCCACGUGUUGAGCCAAUCUUAUCAAACGCCGAUUCGAAUGCGGCAUUAAACAAAUGGAUUCCCUUAACAACGGAUGGUUCAGCGAACUGCAGGCCGAUCUCUGGCCCGGUCAGUCAUUCUCCCUGAAAGUCAAGGAGGUCAUCCACAAGGAGAAGUCCCGGUUCCAAGACAUCCAGAUCGUUGAAACCGAAACCUAUGGACGGUGCCUAAUUCUGGACGGAAUCAUUCAGUGCACGGCCAGGGAUGAGUUCUCGUACCAGGAGAUGAUAUCUUUCCUGCCGCUCUGCGCCCAUCCCAAUCCCAAAAAGGUCCUGAUCGUGGGCGGUGGCGAUGGCGGCGUUGCUCGCGAGGUGGUAAAGCAUCCACUGGUCGAGGAAGUGCAUCAGGUGGAAAUCGACGACCGUGUCGUCGAGCUGUCCAAGCAAUAUCUCCCAGCGAUGGCCUGUGGUUUCGCCAACGAGAAGUUGAAGCUUACCAUUGGCGAUGGAUUCGACUAUAUGAAGAAACACAAGAACGAAUUUGAUGUCAUCAUCACCGACAGCUCGGAUCCCAUUGGUCCGGCAGUGAGCCUGUUUCAGGAAAGCUACUACGAGCUAAUGAAACACGCGCUGAAGGAUGACGGAAUCGUGUGCUCCCAGGGCGGUAGCUUCUGGCUGGACCUGGACUACAUCAAGAAGACCAUGUCCGGCUGCAAGGAGCACUUUGCUAAGGUGGCCUAUGCCGUCACCUCCGUUCCGUCCUAUCCCUGCGGCCACAUUGGCUUCGUCAUGGGCUCCCUGAACAAAAACCAGGACUUCGCUACUCCCAAGCUUGGAAAGUCCGAAAUCGAUUCUAUAGACCUAAGGUACUACUCCUCCGAGGUUCACUCCGCCGCCUUUGCCUUGCCUCGAUGGGUGCAGAAGCACUUUUACGAAUGACCAGGUUGCGGAAAGAUUCGUGUGUAUCUGUUUGUUAAAAAUAAAUAUGAUAAUAAUAUGACUUGUUUAUCAUCGCUUCUUAAAUUCUUGGAUAUUUUCAACAAAUGCUGACUCUUGCAAUGAUUCAUUUUUAGUCGAAUUUUUGUAGCCUGAGUAUUUUCCUUCCAAUCCGACUACCAUCUUUCAGUUAUUUUACUGUUGAAAAUAGAACAAAUUGUAAUGUUUAUUACGUAAUGAUAUAUACAGUUGGCUCUAUUUAAUUUUUGUAUUUGUAAGUGGAUGCUGGGUUAACAUAAUGAGACUUAUUGCAAUAUUUUACACGACCGAAUGUUACUCUCAUUUAUAUAUCGCAUAUAUUGCAAAACUUUGAAAGGAAGCGUUUCUUAUAUGCAAAAAUGACCUUAACUGCAUGUGAAUAAUUAACUAAAAACUGAUAUUCAAUUUCAAUAACUUAAUAGAAAUUAAAUCUUCAACCUGUUUAAUGACUAAUUAAAUAUUGUUAUAGUUAGGAAACGCAAUUGAUACAUAAUUACAAAAUUAGAUGUAAAAUAUGUACAAUCAUUUAAU